CAAAAGAAGAGAAUCGGUGGUUCACAAAGAAGACCACAGAUCUUGAGCAGAGGAAUGUGUUCAAUGAAAAGAAGUCUCCUGAGCGCCUUCUUGCUUUCAUGGUAAUGAAAAAAGAGUGCGAUCCUGAAUACCUGAAAAAUGUUGUGAAGGGCAUUCUUCCACGAGUUGACAACAAAUCCAAGAAGGAACUCCUGAAUGCAGUCAAUCUAUUGAAGUAUAUCGCUGUAGUGCAGAUGUACAAUCCUAGUUUUGCAAUGCCUGUUUCUGCCUGUGACGGUUUUAUGCAAAGUCAACAUAGAGUGAUGUCCAGUGGUCGGCAACAGCGGUUUGGACCCUGGGAGAAAGAAAGGCAGCCAUUUCUGAACCUGCUUCUCCUUGAAGAAUUCAUUCAAGAUAUUGAUGGCUGUGUAAAAGGCCUUACAGUCGUCCAUCCUGUUAUUGCAGCAGAGAUUGUAAAGCAGCUUGGUGAACGCUUCCAACAAAAACCUGCUGACAUGAUCCUUGAACUUCUUGAAAAUUCAACAAUCCUGGACACCUUGUCUCACAGCAAAGGCUACAUUCAGAAGGUUUGCAGAGAUUUGAUGAAAAGGAGACUGAAGAAAGAGUACGGAGAUGAUAGAGAAACUGACUUUGCUCCUUUCAUUGAAGAAGUAUAUGCAGAGGAUAAGGCGAAGGCAUACAAGAUCAUGGAAGUUGGCAUCAGGAAAUUCCAAGACCCAUUCAUAGCACAACAGAAGGCUCGGCUUCACAGCAUGCGAGAAGGUGAUUUUGAUAAUGCAGAACAAGCCAUCAAUAUAGCACUUGACAUUGUUAGCAAUAACUCAUACUUGUGGGACACGAAAGGAAUCAUCCUUCGAGAGAAGAUGACACUGUAUGAGAGCAGGGAAGGCCAAGAACUUAUCAGUGACAGUGAAAUGAAGGAGCUGUUGAGUACUUUCAAUGAAUCUUGCGCAGCAUUUCAAAAAGCUCAGAGGGCUAUGAAAGAAGAUAAAGGAAGAAAGAAUUAUGCUGGCUUUGUGGGUGAAAUCUCCUCCAUUGCUAAGUUCCUGGACAUAGUUCAGAAGAGGGUGAAACCUUUCCGUUACGGGAGUAAAGGAUUGGGGACUUUGGGGAGGUAUCUAAUGACAGAAUAUAUUCCUCCUGAUCUCAUCCUACCUUCACUCCGUGAAUUCAGUGAUACCAUGAAAUCAUUGUCAGAAAGGGUCGACGAAGUACUUGGGUGUUUCACUGACUAUCUUGCUCACUGUACACAGCAAAACUUUGGUGAAGCCUCGUACAAAAUCCAAGAUAAAAAAUUGGAGACAAUCUACUCUACCAGAAACCGCUUCUUCGCUCUGUCAUCUCCACAGCUUGAAAAUGUACAGUACUCAAUGGAAACUGCCUAUGCGAUGAGACGAUCUGAAGUGAAAAGGAUGAAAGCGGGUGGAUACCAACAGAUCUUUGACAUGGCUUCAAAGAAGAAAAUUCCUGAUCUCAAACAGGUUCAAUAUUUGCUCAGGCAAAACCUUAGUAGUCCAAGUCUUUUUGACAUCAGGAACUUUGUGUUUACCCUCUUUGCCCUGGCAGUCUGUCCCAAUGUAGGAUUAGAUGAGGAGGAGGCUAGAAAGUCAGUGAACAUCCUGAAGACGAUGGAGAGAAAAGACGAUGGAUUCUAUGGCUUGUUCUUUGAGAUGCUGUUAAAUUGGCCCGAUGGCACACCCAAAGAAGGAAGCAUACCAGUCGGAGAGACAAUUAGGCAACUGCGUGAUAGGUGGACUGGUAGAUACCGCAAUAAGAAGUCUGCAGAGCCUCAACACAACUUGCCCAGACGAUCCAGAAUUCGCCAAAAUUGCAGCCCCCUGAAGCCUGCCACAGAGUUCUAUCUUGGACUUCAGAAUGAUAAAUCCCAAUUUGUCCACCGGAAGUCCUUGGGACAUAUCACAUAUGACAUAUGGAAAAAAGAGACCAUCAAGAAUAGACUCAGGCGACUGGAUGGUGUCCUAGAAAGCAAUGACCGUGUCCUGUUCAACCCUGAUGGAGAAGAACCAGUGAAGAUCACUCUGUCUCUUCCCAUCAAGGGUCUACCUAGCCAGGAACCUGUUCAGUUCUACCUAGGGUUCUCAUUUGCUGGCCCUCUUGCGUAUGAUGUAGAGUACAAGGACAACAGAGAGACCCUCUUCAUUGCAAAAGAAAGUUCUACAAACUACCCUUUCUAUGUCAAUGAACUUGAUGAUGUUGAUGAGGGCCCUGUAAGCUACGACAUCUAAAGUUCUAUGGGACGUUUGUUCAGAUUGCUCCAUUUCUAUCCAAGUAUGUUAUUAGGGAAAGUUCAGAUAUGAAAGGUGUUAGUAUCGGGGGUUUAAAUAUA